CAGUCGCCGUCAGACUGCCCGAACCGAUUGAAGCGCGGUUCGGUCUUCUGGUUCCCUUCCAAUCUAAACAGCUUCCGAUCUAGGCUCGGUCCCUGCUUGUCGUUGUGAGCCAAUCCGGCUUCCAGGGGUGGGAGGAGGCGGAGGAGCAGAUGCCCGGAGAGCGUCGAGUGCGCGCCCAGUAAGCUGAUCUGCUGCUACCGCUGCUGCUGGCAGUCGAGCUCCCGCAAACUUCCAGCGCAGCCAGGGCACGGGAGCAUGCCCGGCGGCGAGACGAGGCAGAGGCUCCAACUCCACGCAUCUGCUCAGGCACCAGAUCUUCCCCUUCUCCUGCCAUGAACCACUGGCCGCAGCACCUUCCACAUCAGAGUUAUUGGUGCAAAGAUAACUACAUGUAUACAGUCUGGCAAGGAGCUCUGGAAGACGGAUAACACAGAGACAUGUCUUCAGUGUGCCAUACAAUUUCAAGUCUAGGUAGAGUUCUUAAGGUAAACUGCAAGAAACUGGUAUGUCUCUUGAUCUUCACCAUAACUGUAUGUCAUAGUGUCUCUGGAAUGUGCCCUACAUCUUGCAUCUGUGCUAGUGACAUUGUGAGCUGCACUGGCAAGAAUCUUUCAAGGGUACCCUCUACACUCUUCAGACAUAUAAAAAGACUGGAUCUCAGUCACAACAGAAUUGGGGGAUUGGAUCACGACUGGAUGCCUGUGCUAUUAGAGAAACUGAACACCCUCGUUGUCAGUCAUAAUAGUAUGAGCAGUAUUUCUGCUGGAAGUUUUUCUUUAACUCCAAAUGUCAAGUACUUAGACUUGUCCUCUAACAGCCUGAGAUCACUGGGGAGCCCUGUCUUUCAGGAACUGAGGGUGCUAGAAGUUCUCCUGCUAUACAAUAACUAUAUUGCACAAGUUGAUUCUGCAGCCUUUGGAGGAAUAUACAAAUUGCAAAAGCUGUAUCUGAGUUACAAUUUUCUUACAAAGUUCCCAAUAGAAUUGUACAUUGGGAAAUAUAAACUCUCAGAACUUGAACUGUUAGACAUUUCUUAUAAUCGUAUCCAGACAAUACCCAUUCACUAUAUAAAUUUAGUGCCAGCCAGACAUCUUAGUGGAAUUUAUCUCCAUGGGAAUCCGUUUUACUGUGACUGUACUCUUUACUCUCUGCUAAGCUUUUGGUAUCUUCGACACUUCAGUUCCAUGGAGGAUUUCAAGACUGAGUACACUUGUGUGUUGCAGUCAGAUUCCAGAGGUUCUAAUACUCUGCCUUUACUUCAUGACAAUUAUUUGAACUGCUCUGAAAGUACUAUUAAUGGCUCUUUUCAUGUGUUUGGGUUUAUUCAUGAAGCUCAAGUUGGUGAGAGGCUGAUUGUACACUGUGACACUAAAAUCAAUGAUGCAGGCACAUACUUCAUUUGGAUCAGCCCAGACAAUCAGUUGCUGGAGCCAGACAAGGCAACCGAACAUUUCAGGGUGUUUCACAAUGGGAGUUUGGAAAUAGAGGAGGCCCAGUAUGAAGAUGCUGGACUUUAUUCCUGCAUUGCAAUAAACAAGAGAAGAUUAUUGAAUGAAACUAUUGAGGUGAGGAUAAAUGUCAGCAAUUUCACAGUGGACAGGUCUCCCUCUCAUGAAACGUUCAAUACUGCUUUCACCACCCUUGCCGCCUGUGUCGCCAGUAUUAUCUUGGUACUUCUGUACCUCUACCUGACUCCAUGCCCUUGUCAGUGUAAGACAAAGAGAAAGAAAAGGAAGUUGAACCAAAGUAAUGCUCAUCCAUCCAUACUGACCUCCAAUCCUCCACAUGAACUCCUAGUGGAUGAAAAAAAAGCCAGCAGUGGAAAAAGAGUGGUGUUUCUUGAACCUGUGAAGGAACUGAAGCCUGAACAGAAUGGCAAAGUAAGGAUGUUCCCCAAUGAUAACAUCAUUGCAGAAAGUAUCUUAAAGCCCCCUCGAACAAAGUCGGACUCAGAUUCCAUGAACUCUGUGUUCUCAGACACACCAUUCAUGCCAUUCUCUUAGUAUUUUGCCUGUGUUCAUUUUGUACAGUUACCUUUCUCACCAGUUCCCCUUGCCUUCAGCCAACAUUUUAAAGAGACUUUUAAAAAAAAAAAGUGUGAGAAAUCACUGGAAUAAUUUUCUGGUUCUUUGGGUGAUCAGUUGUGGGUGGGGGGAGGGCAAAUAUGCCAUCAUUAUAUAAGCCGUUGUUAAAACUGGGAGGAGUGCUUUGCUACAUAUUCUCCGGAUCUCUGUUAAAAGAGGUCCAAUUAUGGUAUACGCUGCUGUCCUUUUAAUCUUCAUGCUUAAAAUAAUUUAGGUACAGUCUAGUGGGUCAUGCUUAUAUACUGCUCUUGUUCACUGAAGUGAGCUUAUGUAGGAGAAUUUCUCAUCGGGUUAUCCCCUUAGCUUGUUAUUAAGCUGGUAGUGCUAUAUCAGGGAAUAGAACUCAAUCAGUAGGCCACUUAGGACUUAAAAAGAUAGGGAGAGAAGUGGCCAUUUAUUAAGCUUUUGGGUACUGCCUUGAGAUGCAUGUAAUAAUACAAAUGAAGUUAUACAAGACAUACUAUUCCACAAGAUUUUAUAUAAAUUUUGACCUAGAGUUUGAAUUUUUCCCUUUUGUAUACUGCAGUUUUAAUAGCCAAUAACAGAAUUUAUGAAACUUUUAUUGAAUUUUAAACUUAGUCAGAAAACCACUCUGGGAGAAGUCCUCAGUAAGGCUACUUCAAAGUCAGUCUCUGGUUAUUCAGUGGGGCUUAUGUUUAGGAAAGUGUCCUUAGGAUUGCAGCUUUUGUCCAUUUUAACCACUGAUGUUUGCAUUCCCAAAGUGGGCAGAGCUUCUUUCCUAGUACAAUAGCUAGAACAGGACAACAUUAAAUCUGCAUGGUUUCUCUACCAGCACCAGAUGAAGUUGUAUUUACAGAACAUAGCUCUGAGUUCUUAAAAAAACAGUCCUUUCUUUUUUGGAAUGUGACCACUUGAGCCUACCUGCGUCUGCAUUAAACAUACUUAGGCGGUUUGCGGCCUGACAAUGAAAUACCGUGAGAAAUACAAAAUUAGUUUUUGUAAGCUGUGCAAUCAAGAUUUGUGCAAUUAGGUAUAUAUGACUUUUGUAUAAAAGGUACUGCACUUUGAACACUUUUGCUGAUGCAAUGUGAGCCAUAAUGGAAACCAUCAGCCUUGAAUGGAACACAGCUGGGGGAGCCAGACCUUCUGAGUAUCAGGAGUAUCAGCCUGUGGAUUUUGCCUUCUAUAGCUGACAUUGAGACCUGGUUGCAUGCAGUUUGCUAAACUGCAGCCUUAUGUGGAAGAUUCAGAAAAAUUUAGUUGAUUUUUUUCAUGUCUAAUAUGUCAAUUUAAUGGAACAAAAUGAGUUGAUGCAUUUGCAUUCCAGUUUCAUAUAGCAAAUAUAAAUGUAAUAUUCAUGCUCUGUAUGGAUCAGUUCUGAGAAUGUUCCAUCCCAAUAUGAUAUUUUAGGAUUAGACCUUUGUGUGGCCUGCAUUUUCUGUCAUGUGUUUUAAGUGCUGUUUGCUUUACAAAACAAAUUACCAAAAAUACAUUCUGUUGUAAAAUGAAGCUUCUGGUAUUUUGAGCAUUGUUCAUGCUACUUAUGUUCUGAUCAAAUAGGUGAAUAUAGCUUCAGUGGCACACAAAACAGCUUCUGGCAACGUAAUUUCAGGAAUAAAAAAGGAAGAUGAAGGAAACCAACCUUGCUGUGAAAUCUAGCCUUGCUAUGCUAUGUCAGUUGCAAUCUUGUUGUUCAGGUUGCUAUGAAAUAGUCAUGUUGCAUUCUGCUAGCUUAGCUGACUCCAGAGUUGUAACAUACUUUUGGGUUGGCAGAUGAAUUGUUCCCAAUCCAACUCUGUCCAAAUCUGAUCAUAAAAGUUUGUUAUUUGAUGCCCUUCAGCCAACAUCUGACAAUGUUGGCAGCAGCUGCCAUAGUUUCAGCAAGUUAUGGCUGCUGCAUGGGCUUGGCGCCCUGAAUCAACUCCAUGCUAACAGCUGUGUUCCACUGAUGCAGCAGUCAUUUGAACCAGGCCUUAGAACCUAGUUUGUGAGUCAAGCUCUUCAUAAGAUCAGGGCACCUAGCUUGUAUACAAAUACUGUAUGUUCCUCUUAGGUAAGUCCCUAUUUCAUAGCUUCAGUUCUUCCUCUCCAAUAAAUGGGAAUGAUUGUGAUCUACCUCAAGAGUAGAUGAGUGAGAUUAAGAACUGUUGUUACUAUCUGUGAACUUAUGCAGUAGUACAGCUUAUAAAUUAAUACUAAGAGCAUAUAAUUUUGUCACCUCAGUUGUUCAGUAUUCAGUGUGAUUCUCGUACAAUUCAUUUUAACAAUAAACUGUUCUGAGAA